GUUAUGUUGUUGGCAUAUUAAAACUUUCAGCAAGUUAAAUUUCCCAAAAGCUAUCAGCUUUAUAGAUUGCCUAAAAAGUCUAAAGAGCAUCAAACUGUAGAUUCUCUUUGAAUCUCACAUCAUAUCUACUCAGCAAUCUCUUUUCCAUUUCCAGUUGCUGCUCAGUUUUCUUAGCCUCCUUUGUCAAUUUAGAAGACUUAACUGUAGAUAUGGGAAAUGGGGAAUCAACAUUUGAGGAUAAUUCUCAUGAAGGUAUUCACUUUGCUUCUCACCACCAACCACCACCUUCUUAUGCAGAUGCAGGGACAUCGAUGGAUCAUCACCAUUCCAGAUAUAUGCAUGGAUCCACACGUAUUGCCGAUAACUACAGCUCUUUAGAUGAGGUUGUCUCUGCUUUAAGAGAAGCUGGGCUUGAAUCGUCAAAUUUAAUACUUGGUAUAGACUUCACAAAGAGCAAUGAGUGGACAGGCAGGCACUCAUUCCAUAGGAAAAGCCUUCACUCAAUUGGUAGCAGGCCUAAUCCUUAUGAACAGGCAAUCUCUAUUAUUGGUCGGACAUUGUCCCCGUUCGAUGAAGAUAAUCUAAUACCGUGUUUUGGAUUUGGCGAUUCAUCAACACAUGAAAAACAUGUGUUCAGUUUUUAUUCUGACCACCGACCUUGCAGCGGUUUUGAAGAUGUUCUCAGAAGAUACAGAGAGAUUGUUCCCCUACUAAACUUGUCAGGUCCAACUUCAUUUUCCCCUAUUAUUGAUGCUGCAAUUGACAUUGUUGACAGAAGCAAUGGUCAAUAUCAUGUCCUUGUCAUUAUUGCAGAUGGACAGGUUACUAGGAAUCCUGAUAUACCACCUGGAAGGUUAAGUCCACAAGAACAAGCAACUGUAGAUUCCAUUGUCGCAGCUAGCCGAUAUCCUCUUUCAAUCAUUUUGGUCGGAGUGGGGGAUGGACCUUGGGAUGCAAUGCAACAAUUUGAUGAUAACAUUCCUCAGCGCUCAUUUGACAAUUUUCAGUUUGUCAACUUCAACAAAAUCAUGUCUGAGAACUCAGAACCAUCCAAGAAGGAAACAGCUUUUGCACUUGCCGCCCUCAUGGAAAUUCCAUUACAAUACAGAGCCACUCAAAGCUUUGACAUUGCUUAUAACGAACACUCGAGUGGUUGGCGCGCAAGUCUACUUCCACCACCACAAAGAGUGAUUGAUCAUGACAAUGCAAUCAGAUCAAUCCCAAAGAUGACAGACUUUCCUUUAACUGAGGCAACAUCUUCAGCACCCGUGGAACAGGUCUGCCCCGUUUGUCUAACAAAUCCUAAAGACAUGGCUUUUGGAUGCGGCCAUACGACAUGCAAGGACUGUGGGGUAACGCUCUCAACAUGCCCCUUGUGUCGAGAGACCAUAACAACGCGACUCAGACUCUUCAAUUAAAAUCGCAACACUGCCUUCUCUGUUGAUGGAUUCCGUCGGAAAAUGUACUUGAUAAUAACAUCCAUGUCUGCAUAUCAUGCCCAUUUAAGUGGUCGUCCUACCAAAAUUGCUCUACUGCUUAAGCUGUAAAAACUUAUUUAGUAUGUGCUCCCUCAAGAACAAAACAUAAAAGAUAUCAUUUUAUUUCCCAAUUAUGUAAUAUACUACCAUUGAAAAAAAAAGAGAAAAAAACGGCUUUUGUAGUUUAUUAGAGAAAUUCAUUCUUACUUUAUGUUUUA